AUAAUAAUUACAGAUACUGAAGACAAGUCACACAAGUAUUAUGAAUGAAUGGGCGAAUCACUGGAAGCCUGUAGCGCUGGCUGCAGCUGCUGCCAUUCCUUUCCCCACCUCCCGAAAGACAAGAUCGCGGUUUGCGGCAGCCGCAAGAUCGAUCCACUUCGGUCGCCCAGAAGGAAGCGAACCAGCCAAAGGCGCACCGGCUCCAAACUUCCAGGCCAAGCCGAGCAAACGCCGAGUCACAGAUGUCGGAGCUUGCAACCAAACAGGACUUUUAACUACCGAAUGCAGAAGACUAGAAAUCAUGGAUAUGAAAUUCAAUUCCUCUCGGAAAUAUGUUUCUAUCAGCAUACCAUCAAAAUCCCAAGUUAUGUCACCACACAUCAAAUCAAUAGAUGAUAUAAUUGUCCUUGGAAUUAAUCUCAGCAAAUUUAACAAACCUACACAGUUUUUUAUUUGUGUUUUGGGAGUCUUCCUGUUUUAUCUUAUUUAUGGAUAUUUGCAGGAACUAAUAUUUUCAGUAGAAGGUUUUAAAUCCUUUGGCUGGUAUCUCACAUUAGUACAAUUUGGGUUUUAUUCCAUUUUUGGACUUAUAGAACUACAGCUUAUUCAAGACAAGAGGAGAAGGAUCCCAGGCAAAACCUACAUGAUAAUAGCUUUUCUAACAGUGGGGACUAUGGGUUUAUCAAAUACCUCCUUAGGAUAUCUGAAUUAUCCUACACAAGUAAUCUUCAAGUGCUGUAAACUGAUCCCAGUUAUGAUAGGAGGAAUCUUUAUACAAGGGAAACGUUACAAUAUUGUAGAUGUUUCUGCUGCAGUAUGUAUGAGCUUGGGCUUAAUAUGGUUUACUCUAGCUGAUAGCACAAUUGCACCAAAUUUCAAUUUGACAGGAGUGGUCCUUAUAUCCCUUGCCCUCUGCGCAGAUGCAGUUAUAGGAAAUGUGCAGGAAAAAGCAAUGAAGUUGCACAGUGGUUCAAAUUCUGAAAUGGUUUUGUAUUCCUAUUCAAUAGGUUUCCUGUACAUUUUAUUGGGACUGACAUGCACUGCUGGCCUAACUCCUGCAGUAACAUUUUGUUCAAAGCGCCCAGUUCAAACAUACGGCUAUGCAUUCUUAUUCUCCUUGACUGGCUAUUUUGGAAUCUCUUUUGUCCUGGCUUUGAUUAAAAUCUUUGGGGCUCUUUUAGCUGUAACAGUUACAACUGGAAGAAAAGCAAUGACAAUUGUCCUUUCUUUUUUGUUUUUUGCAAAGCCAUUCACAUUCCAGUAUGUGUGGUCAGGUUUACUAGUUAUCCUUGGCAUAUUUCUCAAUGUUUACAGCAAGAAUAUGGAUAAAAUCAGAUUGCCUUCACUGUGCCGUCCCUGGAAUAAAUCUCUGGAAGAUAGAAAGACAAGGACGUUAUCCCAAACAGUAUAGAACUGGCAUGUGCCCUGUGUUGCACUAGACUGUUUGCUUCUGUUCUUUCAUUGCAAUAGUCUCCAGCUAAAUCAUUUUCCAAAGGGAAUGAUGUUAAAACCAAAGGAAUUGAAGGCACUUUUGUCUACAAAACUUUCUUUGAGCACUUGGACUCCCUUCUUGGAAGGGAUGGUUGAAGGAUGUCAUUGGACAAGGAACGUGGAAAAAUAAUAAUUCUUGGGAAAGCUGCUAUUGAAAUUGCCUCUCUAAAUGGAGCAUUUGGGAGAUCGAAUAAUGUGAUUAAUCUGGGCAUUUUAAUUGUGCAAAAGGUGCUUUGGCAGUGGCUGAAAUCAGUGGACCUUGUUUUACUGUUGGAAUGUUUAUUUAAAUGUAAUUUUGCAUUGAAACUUAAUUGAAGCAAAUCAAACUUGAUUGAUAAAAGUGAAAAGUUUAAACCUUCAAGGUUGAAAUCGUUAUGCCUUUUUUUUUCUUUUUAAAUAAUAAAAUCUAUCACAGAUUGUUUUUAACCUUUGUUCUCAUUGUUUUAACACUGUGGAUUUCUUCUGAGAAAAACUAGAACUCCUAAACCAAGGGUCCCCAAUCCCUGGGCCAUGGCCUCUUUGGAAUCGGGCCAUACAAAUGGCAGCCAGUCCACACAUGCAUACACAGCCUGACUCGCACAAGCAGGCUGGCAUGCAUGCACACGUGUGUGCAACUCAACUUACGCAAGUUAAGCUGUGCACACCAGCCCACCGCUCACGCAAGUCAAAUUACACAUGAACUCGUGUAUGCCAGCCCACCAUUCAUGUGAUCUGGUUUCCCUCCCAGCUGGGCUGCCAAGCUGCGAAGGUUGGGGACCACUGUCCUAAACCAUAAGGGCUUUUAGAGAAGAGAGCAAUUUGCUAUCUAUGCAUUUUCUAUCAUAUACCUGAUUCUUUUAUGAAAUUAUCUUUCAACUAAUAUUACAAAUAAGUCUGCACAAACGUUCUGAGUUCAAAAUGGCCAUUUGAGUGUUCCAAGCUUGAAAUAAAACUGAAGCAUGCUGAGAUUUCUCUUUCAAGAUUAAGAUAGUGCAAAUUGGUCCAUUCUCAGAACAAAAACUUGGCUAUUUUGAAGUGUCAUAUGAUGAAUAUUCUGAUCACAAAAUAUAACCUUGAACAAACCAUUGCAACCUUAUAACAAAUUGUUCCGACUUCAAAAUAGACAAUUUCGAAUAUUCUGAGCUCAAAGCAAAAUUUAAAUAUUUCAGUUUUGUUCUGAUGGAACAUUGUAAUGGAAUGUUUUAAGGAGGAUCAUUUGGUUCUGAGCUUGAAAAAAAAUGCAUUUCUCAUUUUAUUCACAUUUCCCUUAUAAAAGUAUUCAGAAAGGUUUGAUUAGCCAACCAACUUACAUCAUUCCACAAAAUACUGUUUCUUGUUACUUCUGUACAUUAAAAUGAAAGAAGAGAAGGCUGGGAAAAUAGCUAGGGAGUAGCAGAUGAAUUAUUUUGUACCUUUUUUGAUAUUGUAAUUAAGUUAUAAAUUUGAUCAUUCUGUAAAGUUUUCUGUAGCGUGUGUUUGUUUUUAAAGCAAAUGCUAAAAUACUGUGCCACACUAAUUUUAUAGUUAAAUAAAUUAUGCACAUGAGUGUA